CGUAAUGCGAAAAGCAAUGUGCUAAAGCCAGGCUGGUAAACAAAACACUUUGAUACAGUUUGUCACGGUAAUAAUGUUUCUCUUUACCUCGCGCUUUCUUUUUACACUGCUGGUUUUAUCUGCCUUUACCCCAGCUGCCUGUGGUGGUAAACCUACCUCGUCGACCUCUUGCCACAAUGUGUACAAUUACAACACGUUUAGCCCAGGACCCAGCAAGGAGAUGAAGAAACUACUGCUGGAAAUAAGAACACAACUGACUGACCUUCAGAAGACAGUGAACGGUACACAAGGAACGAAACCAACCGGAAAAGCCUACAAGAACUGUGCUGAGCUGUACAAAUCCGGUCAAAGAAUCAGCGGUGUUUAUACAAUCGACCCUGAUGGCUCAGGCGCCUUUGAUGUGUUCUGUGACCAAAACACAGCCGGUGGGGGGUGGACAGUGUUCCAGAAGAGACAAGACGGUUCUGUUGAUUUCUUCCGUGGCUGGUUCUACUAUAAGAAAGGUUUUGGUAAUCUGAAUGGAGAGUUUUGGCUGGGACUGGACAAGAUAAACCGCUUGACCAACAGUGGGAAGUUUAAGCUUCGUGUGGAUCUGCAAGACACGAAAGGAAAGACAGCGUUUGCCUUGUACGAUUACUUUGCCGUCACCAGUAAGAGGACUAAGUACCAGCUCAGUCUUGGAGCUUACUCGGGUACAGCUGGUGAUUCCCUUUCCUAUCAUCGUGGUCACCCCUUCACAACCAAAGAUCAGGAUAAUGACGCAGAAUCGAAUUAUAACUGUGCUGUAGGCCAUAAAGGAGCUUGGUGGUAUAAAAAUUGUUACUACUCGAACUUGAAUGGUCAGUAUCAUAACGGAACACACUCAAAAGCUGAUGGUGUAAACUGGUAUCAUUGGAAGGGUUUUUUAUACUCCGUCAACAGAGCGGAAAUGAAGAUUAGACCAGCCGGGUUCUAA